CACAUGUGAUAACCCAGAGUGGUUUACAUGAUUGUGUUGUCGCCAUAUUUAUUUUACAUAGACACCUCAUCUAAACUUAAAUUUUUAUUCUUUUACAAAGUGGAAUUGUAAUAUUAAAUUCUAUUGAAAAAUGGAGGAUCAUCAAGGAAGUUCUGUACCCAGAGUAAGUGAUAAACGAUUAGCCCAGACCCAGGCGCAAGUUGAUGAAGUUGUCGGCAUAAUGCGUGUCAACGUCGAGAAAGUUUUAGAAAGAGACCAAAAGUUAUCGGAUUUAGACAACCGAGCAGAUGCUUUACAGCAUGGAGCAGCACAAUUUGAGCAGCAAGCUGGAAAAUUGAAAAAGAAAAUGUGGUGGCAAAACAUGAGAAUGAUGUUGAUAAUUGGUGCCAUAGGUGGAGUCUUGCUAAUCAUUAUAAUUGUUUGGGCUACGAGUGGAUCAGGCUCUUCUGCUACAAAUGCUCCAGCGCCAUCUGAGCAACCUGCUGCUUCUGGACGAUAAUCUUCAUAAUAACAGGUGGUGGAAAAAACUGAAAAAGCGAUAUGUAACUAUAGAAUCCUACAGAAAUUGUCGUCUGAGCGAUAAAAUGCUAUUAUAAUAUUACACAAAUACCAAAUCGACUGAACAGUAUAUUUUUUACAUAAGACUAUACAAAAGAACAUUUCUAUAUUUACUAAUUUGCUAAGUAUGUUUGAUAUUCAUCUACAAAUCUAUAAAAUGUUAAUGUUGUGUGUAUAGCACAAUGUAAACUAUGAAUACUAAAGAUUCACUUUAUACAAAAAAAAAAAAAACUAAAAUUUCUAUUUUGUGAGUAUAUAAUGUUGAGUAAUAUAUCUUUGCUGUUGCUUUACAAAAGGCCUUUUGGAAAUUUUAUAUUAGUGUUAUACAUACUUAUAAAGUGGCCAAUUUGUACAGAUUUAAUUACCUUGUGAUAAAUAGCUAGUAUUAAAGUUAUGACUCAUUGAGCUUAUUUAUGGCCUAAUUGAAAUGUCUUAUUGAUAUACAUAUUGUCAAAUUAUUGUAAUAUUAGAAACUAUUUUCUCAUUCAUGUAAACAUGUCUAGACUCAUUAAUAACUAUUGUAAUAUCAGAAAUAUUAUUUUUGUAGCCAUUAUUAUGACUAUUAACAUGUAAAAAAUUUUAAAUAUUCUUUUUUACAAUUGUCAUAAACUUAUUUCAUAAUAUCUUUUUCAGUAUGUAUUACAUAUUUUAUUUCAGCUUAUUUUAUACUUAGUUACAAGCAUACAUGACUUUAACACUAUAAAAAUUCUGUGUUUAUUAAAGGCACAUUACAUCCGUUUAGCACUAUUAGUUUAGUUGGGUUGAGAUGAUUCAUUCUUAUAUUAGAGUUUAUAUUAGUUCAGUAUAUAUUGUGUUGCAUUGUCUAUUUUUUAAAUGUCUAAUACAUGGGUGAUAUAUGAGCUGUCUACAUUAGUUUAAAAGGGACCAACAUUAAUAAGCUAAGAAGCUUUCAUAUCAUCUUCGAGGUCCGUUUGCUUAGACACUGGCACAAAAGUGAUUAAUGUUAAUUAUUAUAAUACACUUAAACUACUUUAUGUUAAUUGUUUUGUAUUCUAUAAGAAAAGUAAUAAAUGUAUAUUCUUCAAAA